GUGUGUAUAAAUAUAAAUAAAGAUUUAUAGGACAAGGCUGUUAACAGUCAGAAUGACUAGAGUCGUGCUUUGAGCUAAGCCUUUCCCCAUGAUUUAUUGAAUAAAUUACAACUAGCUAAAUUCAUGCAUUUGGGAUUGUAAACUGGUUUACAGAAGAAAACAGCUAGGUUCCUAUAAGAGGCUAAAUCCCAGGCACAAUAGGCUACCUUUAUUAUUACAUAGUAGAGGGCAGAAUUUAAAUGGAUUGCACUCACAGUACACUCCUGUUUUCUGCAUUUAAAAAAAAAAUCCAGGCUUAAUGAAAAUAGCCACUGUUUGAAAUUGGCUUCAAGAUAAACUAAUGGUUAACUUUUAGAAUGGUCUUCUGGAUCAAUAAUUCAUCAAGCUGCAAUAAGUGUAGAAGGUUCUCUUUGACAUACAUAAACUAGCCUGGGUGUCUUCUCAUUUUCUUGAUUUGCAACCUGAUUUUGGAUUAUAAAAUAUAUAACCAGAGCUGCAAAAGAACUCGAUCCAUUUUGGCCUUGGACAAUCAACAAUUUUAAGUAGCCCAACAGCAACUCUAAUUAGAAUGAUAAUGUGACACAGCUGGCAGUAAUUUUUAAAAGCUUGCACUGAAGUUACACCAUUCAGCGGCUGCUUGGAAGCAGGUGAAAAAAAAAGAGGAGUUGGUUACAACUGCCCAGAGAAGGAAGCUGUUUCAAAGUCUUCCUUGUUCCUAAAGAACAGAAGACCCUCAGAGCCUGAAUUGAAAGAGGAACUUGGAAAGCUGAACCAUAUUUGCAGGAACAUUUAUACUGAAAAGAACUUGCCUGCAUCAAAGACAAAGACGGCUUGAAGUGACCUGUUUUCCGUAACGAAUUGCAAAAGAAUGUGGAUUAACCAAAUUCUUUGCUACCUAUUGAUGGUAGCACAUUUGUUUAUUCUGAACCGGUUUGUCUACAGCCAAGAAAAAGGUUCUUCAUAUUCGGCUCAGAACUUGACAUGUAUAACACACAAUCUCGAUAAUGUUGUCUGCACAUGGACUACAGAUGCUGGAGACGAUUCAAAACUUACUUAUGAAUUCUGUUACAAUGCCAGUUCUUCCAAACCACAAUGUUCAUUAACCAAGGAAAAAAAGGGAACAUUUGGAUUAAUUGUCUUUGACCAUAUGCAGAUUGAGAUAACCACCUUCAAUUCAGCGGAGGAAGGGGAAAAUCCCCUAGCUAAAAGCAAAUUUGUGCUUCCUGAAAAAGACAUUUUACUUGUUCCUCUGAUGCCUCAUAUUCAUAGACUGACUUCAGAUUAUAUAGCUGACACAUCGAUUCUGGAAUGGUAUGAUGGUGGAUCAGUCUUUCAAUACCAAAUUGAUUCUAGUUGGCAAAUUCAGAUUCUGCGUAAAGAUCCAAUGGAGGAAAUAGCACUAGAGACCUUUAAUACAUCAGUUGGCAGCAAAGAUACUCUCCUUCGUUGGGAAUGGACAUCAGAUCUGCCUUUUAAUUGCACCACUCACUACUUUAGGAUUCGCUGUUUUCUUAAUGAGAAAAAUUUUGCUGGAAGGAAGAUGUGGAGUGAAUGGAGCCCACUUGUAAACAUUUCGGGAAGGUCCACAAGCAAAAUCCCCAAAAUGUACCCUAUAGAUAAAGUGGUGGCAAUAGGUUCCAACGUGACUUUCUGCUGUGUAUAUCAACCUGGAUACACUUUCAUCAGUAUUAAUUAUGCUUCGUGCAAAACUCUGAAAUGUGAGAUUGCCCCUCUCACCAAAUGGAGCCAGACAAUCUUUGUGCAAAAUGUUAUUCGUGACCCUUAUUCUGAUAUCAAUGGCUGGUGUGAAGUACGAAAGGAAGGAGCAUCCAAACUCUCCAUUGGUGGAACAGUUUUAUUUGUGGGCUAUCCUCCAGGCAUCCCCCAAAAUUUAAGCUGUGAAACACGGAAUUUUAGGGAAAUAGAAUGCCACUGGGAGGAGGAAAGAUACACCUUCUUAUGUGGCUCAAGAAGAACCUAUUAUUCCUUAUUUGAAGGAAACUCUGGGAAAAAUAUGUCAUGUGCAACAAUGCCUCGAAAUUGUAAAUAUUAUCACUGUAAUUUUACACUCCUGAAGGACCAAACAGAAUACAACUUCACACUACAUGCUUUCAGUCAUCUUGGCCAAGCAGAAGCUUCCCUCUUAAUUGAUAUUAGGCAUAGAGUUUACCCACAUACUCCUACAGACUUAAAAGUGAGCAGUGUAACUUCAACUAGUUUCAGACUGUCAUUUUUCUUGCCUGGCAAUUUCAAAGAAACCAAACUGCAAUGUCAGGUUCAAAUUUCCACUGGUGCUUCCCAAGAAGAAAGGAAUGUGCUGCUGGAUGAUUCAGAAAAUUUACGUUACACAAUCUCAGUGGACAAAUUGCAUCCAUUCACAAAAUACGAUUUCCAAAUUCGCUGUGCCACUCCAAAACCUUUCUUUUGGAAAUGGAGUGAUUGGAGCACGAAGAAAAGCUAUAAAACUCAGCAAGCCCAACCAGCAAGACCGCUUGAUAUCUGGAGAGAAAAAGAUGCUACUGAAGAUACAGUUACCCUAUUUUGGAAGCCACUCUCUAUUCUUGAAAGCAAUGGAUUGAUAGAAACUUAUGAGGUAUAUUGGACCCUUCCGGAUAAAUCCACAAAGAAUGAAUCAGUUCCUGCAUCCCACAACUCCACCAAAAUAAAUCUUGGGAAGAAUGAUUACAUAUUUACAGUGAAGGCAAAGAAUAAGGCGGGUUUUUCUCCUCCUUCUUCAAUCAAUAGUGCUGAACUUCCAGCGGGGGACAUUUCCAUAGAAAAGGGAAUUGGAAAAGAUGAUAGUAUUUCUCUUGCUUGGCAUCCUGACUCCAAUGUGACUUGUGGCUAUGUAGUGAGGUGGUGUAAUAGUCCUGAGCCGUGUGCAGAUGUUAACUGGGAAAAGUUUUCGUCAGGUGUGACAAAUGCUGAUAUCAAGUCAGGUGUCUUUGAGCCUGGAGUUCGAUAUACAUUUUCUGUCUUUGGAUGCAAAGAAAAUGGAUAUCAGAUACUGGGAUAUAUCAAGGGCUACAUACAAGAAUUGAGUCCCAAAACGGCACCUGAUUUUAAUGUGGAACAUACCACCUCUGAUUCCAUCGUAAUAAAAUGGAAGAAUAUAUCUGUUGAAGACAGCCGAGGCUUUUUAAAAGGUUAUUUGCUUCAGUGUGCCAAAGGAGAGAAAGAUGGCCCAACGCCAAAAUAUUUUAAACCAGAAAUUAACGUUACUGAUCUAAACCAAGAUGUGUUGACCGUAUCAGGCCUUCAAGGGAAAACCAGUUACCACUUGACUUUUAGAGCCUAUACAGCUGCAGGAUCUGGACCUGUUAAAACAUUGAAUGUGGUUACAAAGGAAAAUGCUUUGGGAUUGAUCAUUGCCAUAAUUAUCCCGGUGUCUGUGGUUCUUGCGUUGGCUGUUGUAACUGGGAUCCUCUGCUACCGGAAGAGAGAAUGGAUUAAAGAAGUCUUCUAUCCUGACAUUCCAAACCCAGAACACUCCAAAGCUUUGGAUUUCCCAAGAGAUUCAGAGGGGAACUCUAAUUCUAAAACCUUGGAGAUGAACCCAUGUACUCCCAACAACAUCGAAGUAGUUGAAACCCAGUCCCAGGGUCUGAAAAUUGAAGACACGGCCAUUACAUCACCUGUUAUGGAAGACCCUCCUGAAGAUGGCUUGGAGUCUGAAUCGGGGAGCCACGUUGUGGUUUCCUAUUGUCCACCAAUCAUUGAGGAAGUCAUAUCUAAUCCCCCAGAGGAUGAAUCUGCGGUGUCUUCCCAGGUUGUUUAUAUUGAUGUCCAGUCAAUGUAUUCAGCGCCAGUUAAACCAAACGAAGAAUUGGAAGCUGACUGUGUGGUUUCAGCAGGUUAUAAACCACAAAUGCAACUUGCAGUUAAUAGCUUCAGGCAGUUGGAGGAAACAUCAGCGACAGAAGAAGACUCAGACAAGGGUGCAGGCUAUAGACCACAAGUGAAUGCAUCUUCCUGGAAUACAGGCGGUCCAGAUUCUCCAGAAUCCACAGAAAAUGUCUCAUUUGGGAGCCCUUGUUCGAUUAAUUCUCGGCAAUUUUUGAUUCCUCCGAAAGAUGAUGAUGAUGAUUCUCCCAAAGCUAUUAACUCAGGAUGGUCUUUUGUUAACUUAUUUCACACCAAAUCAAAUGAAUAAGACAUGGUUGCCCUGGAAAUAGCUCUUUGCUUGGGACUGGUUAUUAACAGUUUUGGAAGUACUAUCUCAGAGCGUUGAUUAUUUCGGUUAAGUUGAAAAUUACAGUGGACAUUUUAUAACUGGUAGAGAUGCUAAUUCACAGUGUUUCCGGGAAGGUAGUUCUAAAACCAAAGAGCAGCAACUAGUCUGCAACUGCCUUUCCACAGUCUUCCUUUUACCCUGCCCUGGCUCAAUGCUGUCAGUCGGAUUCAAUGUUCCUUAUCUGUGACUAUAUUUAUGACUUCCUAUUCUGAGUAUGCUAGAGGAAACAUAAGCAAAUAGAAGCAAAAUUUAUUUCUGCAGGUAUCAAUACGUCUAUUAAGCCUCAAAGGGAUACAUAUAUGCAGGUGUGUUCUGGAUUGGGAUCUUGUUAUCUAAUCAGGAAUAUGUUUAAAUUUUAAGAAAGUAUAUUUAGGUCAGCCUUUGUUACAGGAUCUUAUUGCUUAAAAAUGCAGCAGAUGGAUGUUACAGGAGCCAAACCCUAUAGGACCCAUACACUACAAGUUCCAUCCAGGCAUUGAAAGUCCCAGUCACCAGAACGUUACGAGAUCACAGGAAAACACUGCAGCACCAAACACUACAGUACUGAAUGGUGCAGUGGCCUAGAGGUAGAGCUCUCACCUCACAAUCCGGAGGCUGUGAGUUCGAUCCUAGGCAGAGGCAGAUAUCUCUCUCUCUCUGGGCACGAUGAGAAUAUAUCUGCUGAAUAUAACUCCGCAUUGGCAACAGGAAGGGCAUCCGGGCUGUAAACACUCAGCUCCAUUCAGUUGCCUAGAUUUUACCCCGCAAGGGAUUAUGUGGGUCAUUAAAAGAUGAUGAUAAAACACUACAGUAGUGCUGCUGAUAGUUUAAUGGCAUUAGAUUUCCAGCUGCUUUGGAGAGCCGUUGUUUAAGACAGUUUGUUCCCUUUUAAUUCCAGUAGAGCCAAUUUAGAUUGCUUGCCAAUCAAAGCUUGCAGUGUUAUGUUUAUGAGCCUGCUGUAUGCAUGUAUAUACACAAUAAUUUUGACUCAGGAUACCACACAAGUGUAACACUGAUUUUAAAGCUUAGUCAGGUAUAGAUAAAUGUUGGACUUUUAGCAUAUUUUUUUAAUAAAUUUUAUUUUUCCAUACUUUAAAAAAUAAAAUAAAAUACAAUGUGUGCUAUGUCCUCACCUUAUACCGGAGAGAUUAUAAACUGCCUUCCCGACAUCCCGCUUCCUAGCACUGAUGUGGAUCUAGACAUCCUAUUGGAUAUUUGGUUUUCAGGAACACCAAUGCCCCAACUAUGUCUCUUUCAGUAAGAGAUGGCUGAAUGAGACUGUGCUGCAGAGAUGGGCAAAUUGUUCCAUACACAUAUUAUUCUAUACACAGGACAGCUCAUGUUGUGAGAUUUGUGUCCCAGCUGAAAUAUGCAUAUUUUGGAUGCAAGGAGUAAAGCAAAUCUUUUUUUUUGUUUUUUAGCAAAAGCAGUUGGGGAAAAAUCGACGACAUCUGCAUGUCAUGGGAGAAAGAAAAGAACAAUGCUAGGUACAUCAAUGGGAUAUGCCCACUGGUGGCAGCAGUGACUGAGAGAAGGGAGAAAUGGCCUUGGGAAGAUAGGAUUAGCAUGUGUCAUAUUUGGACUUUGGUGAUUUCUGAGAGGGGCAGAAGGAAAGGGACAUUGCAGGGAAAGAGGGCAGCGGAGAAAGAUAUACCAUGUCAGAAACUGUAGAGAGAGUAGGGGAAUGUUUUCCUCAUGUCAUCCACACUCUUACCUUACCGUCUUCCAAAAUCGUAGGCUGCAUAAAUACUAUUUGGAAUCAGCCUUCCAACAGCUCCUCUUCAUCAUCUCUGGGGAAAACCCAUUUGCUUUGGGGAACGGCCAACUACAAUACUCAAUUGCCUCCAACUCUGAAUUUCCCUGCAAACUUUUACGAGGAGAGACAGUAGAUGGAGCAAAUUAUGCUUUGGCGAUCCGAGAUUGAAAUUCCUCUGUAAAAUACUACCAAGCAAUUUAAAACCAAGCCUUUUGGGAUACGGUCAGGUGGAGUAGUUUUCAUACAAUUCUUAGCAUUUAGAGUGUAUUUCUUGCACAUGUAAAAUUGCAAUUUUACACAACUCAUUAAACUGAUACUUAUGCACACUUCUUCAGUGAUGUGCUUAACCAAUUUAGCUUUUGUAACUGGCAAGUUAAUACUUUCUAUGCAGCAUGUAUUUCAAAAAUCAAGCCAAGCAUAUCGGCUGGUUUCUUCUCUGAGCUGUUGAAAUCAAUAUAUAAGAUUUCUUGAAAACAUGGAAUGGUCCCAUUUUUCCCAGGUUAUCUUUCAGCUUAGCUAUAUUCAAGGUUACCAAAUUUGGAUAGACAUUUGUAGUCAUUUUAAGAUAAAUGAUUAAAAAUGGAUGGAAGUUUGAUUUAAUCUUGAGUUUUCAGAAAAUAGUCUGAUUUAUAGCGUGCCUUUAACGUACGGGGGCUUUUGUUUAAUGCUUUGAUUCCCCUACUCAGUUUCCACAUUUAUCAUCUUUAAAAAGAUGUUAAUCAUAUUUGCCCUCAACUAUUACACUUUUGUAAGCCUUUUUAAAUCUCCAUUUUCGGAGAUAGCAGUUGAGGUAUCUGCAUUGAUAAUAACAAUAAAUAUUUCCACGCCAAAGAUGAGAGGUGUUGCUUUUACAAUUAAUACAGUGGCCUUCGUUUUCUUAAACUACUUUUGCAGCUUUCCAGAGUUUGACAGAAUUCGAUUUUUUUUCUACCCAGAGUAACUGAUCCUGCUAAACGCUGCAUGUUUUUCAAUACUUUAAUAAAGAUGAAAUGUGUGUGAUGGAAUGAAUGUAGGUAUCCUGGCAGUAAGACGUUAAUGUGUGUAUGGCUUUAGUGUAAAGCUGGUGUCUUGGAAAUUAAUAACACAUCUCUAAGGGUAAUUGCCCCUUUUCAAGAGAGUGGUCCAUCCCAACAUAUCUGAAAUGUGCAAAAGUUCCAAAAUCUAUAAACAUUUUCCAUAAAUACCUUUCCCCAACCAGGGCACCUUUCAAGAUUCUGUAUUUCAAGACUCAGAAUUUUUUGGUUAGCAUGUUAAUUAGCAUGUUAAAAAUUCUGGGUGUUAAAAUCUAUUAGGCUGGGAAGGGUUGCUUUGUUUAAAACUUGAUAUCUUGGAAAAGAAGAGAAGGGAAAAGUAAAGGGAAUUUCCAUUUAUUUAUAUCGCUCCAGGUUAUUUUUAUAAUACCGCUUAAUUUUGUAAACAUCUCUAGAACCUCAGGUGCCAGACUCUGCAUAACACACAUUGCCUUAAUUUGCAUGAUGUUUUCCUUCAUUAUUUAGACAUAAGCCCAGUUCGUUCUCUUGUUUCUGAGAAUUAUGUUGGAAAGUCAAACAAAAAUCUAUAAAAAGAACACUAUCCAUAUUAUACCUCACAUAAAGGACAUAAUUGAAAUUCUUACUUUUUCAGAGAGAUUUUGAGAACCUUAUAUCUAAAAUGUCAGAGUUUGGGAAGGGAGAUAUAUUUUAACAUUCUUUUGGGUUAGUUUUUGUUUCUUUUUUAAAAUGGGGAUGCUGCUCAGUUUGUUCUGGAGAACCUUUCAGCAUUGAGCCAUGUAUUUCAUGUGGGUGGGAGGGAAGUUAUUUUGUUGUUUUUAAAAGAAUUUAUUUUUUGAAGGACAUAAUUACAUUUAAUUCAUUAUAUGUUUGUUGCUAUGAGGGAAAGGACUGUGAAUUUUGUUUUAGUUUGACUUUUUUCUUUUUUUUUAAUUUGGAAUGGCGUUUUUGAAGAAUUAGGGUAUCCAUUUUUAGUAAUCCUUUGAUAUACCUCAUAAAAGUGAUUUAUCAGAAAGAGUAAGCUACACGAAUCUUUGCAAAACAGCAUUUUCUUAUUCAUGUGAAGACACCGAUUUACUGGGGGAGUGUUCUGCUGUACAUUGGCUCUAUGCUUUGGAGGUAGAAUAGACUGGUAGAGUUAGCUUUUAAAUAAAUAUAUUGUACAUAAAACCAUUGGACUGCCCUUACUAAUUAAGAAGCAGGGACUGCUACACCAAUGUGCAUUAUAUCUUGGAUGUGGGUGUCCAUUUAAGGUCAGUUCAUUCCACUCCUGGCCCUGACAAUCAGUUAGACCAGGGGUCUGCAAACUUGGCUCUUUUAAGACUUGUGGACUUCAACUCCCAGAGUUCCUUAGCCAGCUUUGCUUUGCUGUCUCAGUCAGCUUUGCUUUGCUGUUUCAGUCAGCUUUGCUGGCUGAGGAACUCUGGGAGUUGAAAUCUACAAGUCUUAAAAGAGCCAAGUUUGCAGACCCCUGGGUUAGACGGGCCAGUAAGAUGAAGCAAAUGGCACAACACCAGGUGUCAGUUUACACAGCAAACUUCUAGGUAUUCUCUAACCGGGAUGGCACAUCUGGGGGGAAAGAAUUGCCUUGCUUUCUUUCUGAUGAUUUGUAUAAGUUAAGAUGACCAUCCAAGUGCUAAAUUGAGGAUAUGGAAGCUGCCAUACAGCCAUAUCCAGAUAUCUUUGCAAGCUGUUUGCUCGCCAAGAUUUUUCUUGCAAAAGAUAAACAGAGAAAGAGGCACCUGACGUCUGUUAGAAAAUGGCUUUUUUGAAAGUUUUGAUCUUUCUCAAAAGUAUCCUAUACAACAUCCAUUCAUCUCACUAAGGCUUGAGGGAUGUUGAUGGAUAUUUUUGAGCUCUUAAUGAUCACGGACACUUGAGGAUUCUGGCUUUGUCCAUGGUGAAGUUCAAUAAACUAUUCCCCAAUAGAAUCCUUGUGUUUCUAUGCUCGGUAUUUGAAAUGCGGCUUCAAGUUAACCGUACUCCAAAUCAUUGGCAUGUUCAGAUGUAGAGAUUUUUAAAAAGGUUCCUGAAGCAGCUUCUGAAUUAUGAUAUCUCGGUUAAACGAACAGCAGUUGCCCUUUUCUGGAAAUGUGCAUGUGCAAAGUUGCAUUUUGUGAUCAGUUAAGAGUGAACUCCCAGUUCACUGAGGUGACUUCGAACAGUUCUGUGCUUUUUAUGAACCGAGUGAGCCACCGCCAAAAUGGUACACGCUUCUCUUCCAGAUCAGAAGGAUUUUGUUGGUCAGCAGAUCUGUCCUUGGGGAAUGGUUGGUUGAAUGUUUGCAAACUAUCACCUAGUAUUAGUGAUAUUAGUUACUAGUUCUGGUGUCCGGGCGAGUGGAUUGUUGACUCUAUGGUAGCAUGCAUAGAUUUUUGUUAUUUCUUGCCGUUUUUCCAUGAAGUCAUAUGGUCUUGAUUGAGGGCCCUUCAUUGCGAAUGUGAAAUCUCCUGCAGUGAGAUGAAACAGAGACAGGAAGGACUUGUAGAGGGGAAACUGUACUGGGCAAGUGCGGAAGUGGGGUGGGGGUGGGCGAGAUGGGUUUGGGGAACAUUCUUCAGAAGUUAAUUGUAGCUAAAUAAAUAAUGCUUGUAUAAUAUAUCCUUGUUUUAUAGCUCAAUACAUUCUGAAGGUUUUUAUUCAAUCCUGCAGCAUAUUAAACUUAUAAUACACAAUAAAUGUGAAGUUAAUCUCCGUGCUUGUUGAAAUAUUAAAUAACCAGUGUAAUAUUGAAUCAACUGGAAGACUCAAUGUUGCUUAACUUUCUUAUAUUUUCCUCCUCGAGCAAUUUUAUUUCUUUUUUUGUUUGUUUGUUUCUAGUAUGUAUAAAAUGGGCUACUGAUUCUGGCCCGCUGAUGCCAGACAGCUCAGGUAUAUUAAAAUGUAGGUUAAAUCAGGGGUCUCCAACCUUGGCAACUUUAAGCCUGGCGGGCUCGCUGGGGGAUUCUGUGAGUUGAAGUCCGCCAGGCUUAAAGUUGCCAAGGUUGGAGACCCCGGGUUAAAUCAUUCUACUCUUCUUACUCCACUGUACAUAUUUAACUUUACAUAUUUAACUGGCAAAACUGCAUUUCUGAAAUACUUUUUCCGUUUCACUUUGUUCACUUACAGAUUAACAGUUUAUUGCUGUACUGAAAGACAUGAUCACUUUGCAGUUUAGGAAAAUUCCUGUUAAGUCUUUAGGACAAACUUAAAUUCAUGAAUAUGAGUUGUAUCCAACUCUUUAUUAAUCUUAAAACCAAAAGGGUUUGAUAGGACUUUCCCAUUUUCUGUGUUUGCUGUGCUAAACCCCUCUUGAGUAGAUGUGCGCAACAUAUCUAUGGACUGAGGCCAGUGUUGUGUAGACAUCAAUAUGAGCAAAACAACAAUGUAGCAGCUAUAUGAUUCCUAGUGAAGCUAUCCAAGCAGAUCUGUCAAGCAAGUAAUAACUUUAGAGAUAAACAAGGAGGAAAAGAGAGGGAACAUUAAACUAUACAAGUAAUGUAGCACUAGUGCACUAAAUUUGGAAUGACUAUGAAGCUAAUAUGCUACCAUAUAGCCAGACAGUGCUUAUCCCUAUAAUAUGCAUGUAUUAAGAAUAUUUGCCAGAAAUACUGUAAUGAAGUUUAAUAAAUGUAUUUUCUUACCCUUUAAAA